AUGGCAACAGUUUUCACCACGAAGAGACCUCAUAAGAAGUCGAGGGCGGGGUGUCAAACUUGCAAGACAAAAAAGAUCAAGUGUGAUGAAGCUAAACCGAAAUGCUCCCAUUGUGACAUAAGAAAGCUUUCUUGUCAUUAUUUAGAAAAGCCUGCAAAGGCGAAUGUUACUUCGAGUAGAACGGAUCCAAAGCUAAAUACCUCUUUGGAAAAACGCGGUACUCAUGAUAUGCCUGUUCACGCAGUGGAAAUCUCGUGGGACUUCAGGAAUUCACCUUUCCCUCCAAUAGCCACAGCUACCAAGGUGCUUUCUAUGAUGGAUGUACGUAUGAUGCAUCAUUAUUCUACAUAUACAGGGCAAAUUGUAGCUCUCGGACCUGAAGCUUGUCAUGUAAUGCAAGUAGCUGUCCCAUCUCUUGCUUUUGAGAAUGAAUUUCUCAUGAACGGGAUGUUGGGGUUGGCAUCUCUUCACAACCAACAUCUACUUCCACAGAAUGAGGAACAUAAACGGCAAACAGCUCUUUACCGUGCAAAGGCGUUACGUGAUUAUCGCAAUGCAGUAAUGACCGUUACUAAAGACUCGAAGAACUACGAGGCAGUUCUUGUAAUGGCAUUACUCCUUGUAGUGCUCGCUUCAGGAGACCGGGAUGACAAAGAUGAACUCACGGUAGUAAAUUGGAUGGGUUUAUAUACGGGAUUGCGUCUUAUCGUUUCGAUGAAAACCCCGGAUGGAGGUUUCAACACCACAACUUCUGUCGGUCCACUUUUCGUCCGAAACUUGAAUGAUCUACUCACUAUUCCGAUGGUCCCCACUGCUCUAACAGACAUGCUAUACAUGGACCCCAGCGAUCAAGACUUUGGAGACUUGGAGGUAUAUUGUCAAACUUUGGAUGCUCUCGGUAACCUCUAUGCAAGUCUUCGUCAGGAUGAACUUGGCGAACCUUUGUAUAUUCGCAUCAUCUCAUGGCCAUCUUUCACACCCGUCGAAUUCACAGAUUUAGUCAAAAGCAAACGGCCGAGAGCACUUGUUAUUUGCGCUUAUUAUAUGUCCUUUAUUAAACUCGUGUCGGGACUUUGGUGGCUUGAAGGUCUAGCAGAUCAUGAUAUUUUCGCCAUCAUUAAAACGUUAGGCCCGGAUUGGAAUCAUAUAUUAUGUGUUCCGCUUGAAAUCCUUCAGACACAAGACAAACAAAGGAUCGUCGAUAUACUACUUCGAUGA